AGACCCCUAGGGCAGUGCUGUGGUGUCCGGAAGAAGGACAGUCAGCAUGGCGGAUAUAUUUUCCACUUCAUGCAUUGUUUUCAGUAUUUUGGUUUAAUAGCGUAACAUUAAUUAUCAUUGAUUUAAGCCGUUGCGUUAACGGCUGUUUUUUGUCACCGCACGGCUCUGAGCUGGAGCGGCCGUUACACCGCUCCCUGCGGUCUGUCUGCACACGUCGUGACUUGUGACCCAGUUUGGUUUGUUUUCCUGGACUAACCUGAGUGGAAUGAAACAUCAGGAGCCUGAAAACGGACCAGAGAGGGUGACAUCUUAAUAUUCUUAUUUGAGUCAAAGAAGAAAUAAAAAAUAGCCCCUGUUAAAAAAACAACACACACAUCCCCCCCCCCUCCCCCCCCAUCCCCAAAAUCUAACAAUGGUUGAAGUGGCCAAACAGGACUUCUUCUUGGAGCCACUCCCAGAGCCACUACUGAUAAUCCUGUCCCCACCUCCACCUUUCUUACCUGUCCCUGGUGAACCGACUAUGUUUUGGCAUAAGUGGCUUAAAGCUUUUGAACACUAUGUUGAGGCACUUGGUGAAAACGAGCUAACUGACUCCAGUAAGUGUGUGCUGUUACAGAACUGCCUUGGCCCGGAGGGUCAGCGUAUCUUCACAACACUGAUCCAGAGUGAAACCACGUACACAGAAGCCAUCUCAGCGCUGACUUCUUACUUCAGCAGUGAUCACACCUCUCAGAUGUACCGCCUUAAAUUUCAUCAGAGGGCUCAAAUGCCCGGAGAGACUGUAGAUCAGUUUGUGUUUGCGUUAGAAGAACUGCUGAGGCCUUGCAACUAUGGAGACUUAAAAGACAAACUUCUCCUGGAUCAGCUGAUUGAGAAGACAAACCUCCCACAACUCAAAGAGAGGCUGCUGUUGGAGAGGGAAACUCUGACCUUGGAUAAGGCAUUGGUUAUCGGUAAAGAGUUUGAAUCUGCGUUAAAUGAAUCUGAACUGUUUGGUGUUCAUGAGGUCAGUGUAGACAUCGGAGACUUUUUAGACCCUCCUGUUCAAAGAAAGGCCAAAAGAGGACGUCCUCGGCGUGGGGAGGAAAGGGCGAAAAACAAAACAAAACCGAGCUCGACGAAAACCCCAACAAGAUCAUCUAGAUACAAAGAUGAUUACUAUUACAGCCAUGACAAGCUCUAUUAUAGUGAUGAUGAUAAAGAUAAAUCUAAAAGAGCUAAUGAAACUAAUCUGGUUUGCGAUGUAGCCAGCGAAAAAACAGGUAAGGAUGAUGAUGAUGCUUUGUCGUCAUCAUCUCAGAGGAUGGAAGAGGGAGGCUGCGACAAAGCUUGUGAUGGUGUUGAUAACGAUGAUGAAGACUUUGUCCUCUCUUCGACUAAACGAAAAGGCCCCAACUGUCCCAUCUGUAUUGACAGGCGCUUCAGAGAUGCAAACAAGCUCGCCAGACACAUGAGGACGCACACAAAGGAGAAACCGUUCAGCUGCCCCAUCUGCGCCAUCACCUUCAGUGAGUCCUACCACAUGACCCGACACCUGAGGAACCAGCACGGUGCCGGCCCACACGUCUGCUCCACAUGUGGGAAAGGUUUAGGGAGUGCGAAAGAGCUGAAAAGUCACAAGAAGACUCACGCGUCGCAAGUCAUGUCAUGUCCUGACUGUCAUGCAAAAUUCACUGACAAGGGUGCGUUUCUUAGUCAUAUAGUGACACAUGACACCGACCAGUCCACCGAGAUAGAGGGACAGAGUUCCCAGGAAAGUGAGGAAGUGAAAAACCAAGAAAUAAUCGAAUCAUGCAACAAAGAUAAUCAUGAGAGUGAUGAUUGCCAAGAUAAUGUUGAGAAUGAUGCAGACUCUCCUGAUUCUCAGGAUAAAGGGUCUGAAGCUGGUGUUAAGACUGAAGAAAAGGACACUAAUGAAGCUGAAUCUCAAGAUGGAGGCAGUCAGGAAGAAAAUGUCACCUCUAAGACUAAGACAGAAGGCCAUUAUUGUCCCAUCUGUGUUGGCAGGCGCUUCAGAGGGCCAAACAAACUUGCUAGACACAUGAGGACGCACACUAAGGAGAAACCGUUCAGCUGCCCCGUCUGCGCUCUGACAUUCAGCCAGUCCUACCACAUGACCCGACAUCUUAGGAACCAGCACGACUUGGGCCGCUAUAUCUGCUCUAAAUGUGGGAAAAGUUUAAGUACCUGGCUGGAAUUUAGAGCACACAAGAAGACUCAUGCAGUUGAAGGCCUGACAUGUCUUGCAUGUGACAAACAGUUCAAGGAGAAGGCUGCACUUGUGAGUCAUCUUAAAUUACACAAGAAGGUCCAGUCCAGCCCGCGAAGCCUCGUCUGCGGCGAUUGCGGCAAAGUAUUUGGUCGGAUGUAUCAUUUGAAAAGGCAUAUAGUGACCCAUCGCAAAGCAUCAAACGGUGAGUGUUACACAUGCCCUGAUUGUCAGAAGAAUUUUGCCUUUCCAGAAGACCUCAACAAACACCUGGAGAUUCAUGUGAAAGAAAACAAUGGGACUUGUCCAAAAUGUGAUGAAACCUUCAGUAGUCCGGAAGAACUGGAGACGCACAUGGGGGUUCAUGAAAAGUCUUACUCCUGCAACACCUGCGGCAAGAAGUUUAAGGUCGAGUAUGCGCUGAAGAAGCAUGAGCAAGGCCACAAAGAUGAGCAGUAUUAUUGUUCGUUGUGCCGCAAACGCUUUAUCAAGCUAUCUCACUACAAGAGGCACAUAAUGGUCCAUGACAGACGGGAAUCCAGAUGUCCACACUGUGACAGUGUCUUUCUAAAGUUAACAGCUUUGAAGUAUCACUUGCGGACUCAUACAGAAGAAAGACCGCACCAGUGUAGCUGUUGUAUUGAGACCUUUGAGGAGAAGGAAGAGCUAGAGCAACAUUGCCUCAAACACAGGAAAUUCAAGAGGCAGAGGCCGUACUCGUGCACUCGGUGUGAUUUCGCUUUCUCUACACUAAUUGAGCUGACAGAGCACAUGAGCUCCCACGAGGGCGAGCAGCCGCUGAACUGCCCCGACUGUGGCAGGACUUUCUUGAACAAAAACAAGCUGGAGAAGCACAUGAGCCUUCACACGGGGGAGAGACCUCACCUCUGCUCUGUCUGCGGCAACGGCUUCCCCUCGGCCGCCAGUCUCAAGUUACACAUCCACAUCCACACCGGAGAAAAACCCUUCCAGUGUUCGCAAUGCAGCAAGAGUUUCAGGUCAUCCAGCGGGCUGCGGCUGCACAGCAGACAGCACAUGGAGGUGCGGCCCAGCUACAAGUGUCCCGAGUGCGACAGGACUUAUGGUCGCAUGACUGAGCUGAAGAUGCACCAACGCUAUCACACGGGGGAUAAACCGUACGCAUGCACCUGCUGCAACAAACGCUUUAUUAGCAAAGACAAACUGAACGUUCACAUGAGGAUACACACAGGCGAGAGGCCAUACUCCUGUCCCCACUGUGGACAAACCUUUACACAGACGGGGGAUAGAAACAGACACAUCAGUAAAUACCACUAGUUUGAUACUGUAGUAACAGAACUCCAGUGAAGCAGCUUCGGUUGUUGCUUUUGAAUUAUCGCACCAGUGUUUUUGCAUGUUUGCAGGGGUAGGUAGCAUUAAGAUUUUUCUCUUAUUUGAGAAAAUAUUAAUCAAAAUAUGUUGAAAGCCAAUUUAGGCAGAUUUAUGCUGCCAUGAACACUAAAUACGUCACACAUGAUGAGGUUAUGUGAUUGUUUUUGGUAAAAUAAAGAAGAAUAUAGAUCUUCUCUCUCGUUGAAGGAAAAAAAGAAGAAAAUCCUAAACACCAUCUCAAAGUAAGGCUUUUUAAAGUGAUCAACAUGAAGAGAGAUUAACAUGUAUGAAAGUCUUUGUCUUCUCAAAUGUUAAAUGUCUAAACACAAGCAGUUUUAAAAUAACUGUUCAUAAAGAGAAUAGUCUGGUCACUGUAAAUAAUGAGUUACUGAUGGGGUGAUGAUCAUUACUAUUAUAAAGGAUUUAUUUAUUAUUACCAAACAUUAACAUCAUCAGCAUUUACAGUGGGAUUAUGGAUUGUGCUUUUAAGGACGGUCUGAUGUCUAAGACACUAAGCUGUCAAACAGCAACCUCCUUAGUGCAGGAAACUACAAAUUCACUUGACUUCAUGUUUGCUGGGUUUGAUUUUGUUGAAAACAUAGCUCAUGAAUGUGGUGCUUCUUGUUGGCAGACUUUAACUUAAUGGAUAGUGGGCUAAAACAUGCAAAAGCACUGAUUUCUCUGUGCAGUACAAGCCUUCACUGUUACCAUCCAAAUAGUUUGUUACUUCAUACCUCGGCCUUCUUCUAUAUCACUACAUUGCCACAAAUGACACUAAAAGAUUUCAGAGCUUGUGUUUCACUACUUUUUAUUGUAUGUUUUGUUUUGCUUUUUGCAAUAUUUUUAUUUAGGCUUCUCCGUACUGUAAGUGUAAUGCAUUCACUUGAGAAAAAAAGAUUCUGCUCUGUUUUUCUGAAUUAACGAGACACCUCAAAAUCCCAAGAGAAGCUCUCAUUUAGCUUGAAUUAAAGCAAAAAUGUCCUGCCUGUUUAGUUUAAUCCAGUUUUAAUUUUGGUUUGAGACAUUGGGAGAUAGUCUUGUCUUUCAGAAAUAUAGAUGGUAUCUGUAUUCGUUUAUCUACCCUGUCACCGUAUAGGCCUAGCACUGUUGCUGUUGGUCGUUCAGGCUGAUGGCCUGCUCUCUGCAGGAUUUUGAGGCAUGUCGUUGAUUCAGAAAAACGGAGCAGCAUUUUCUUUUCAGCAUUACGCUUCCGUAUCUCUGUAAUCAAGCAUUUUGUUUCUGUGUUUAGAAAAGUGCCAUAAAAAUAAAACCAUUAUUCACUCUUCUAGCACAUGUGAGGAGGUUUAUGAAUAAUGUUUGUAAAAUAUACACACGUAAGCUUUGUAAUUUUUUUUCACCUUAAGUCAACAAGACAGUCAAGUGAGAAUCAAUCAGGUGUACAUAGAAAUAAUGAAUGUCUCCAUAUAAACCGCAAAAUUAUAUCCAUAGUGUUUUAUCACUGUUGGUUACUCAAAGCUACAGCAGUAGUUGAGUGCCUUUAACACUAAUUGUCUUUUAUAGAUGUGCAUCCUCGCUAAGGGGGCUGUGAAGCAGGAAUAAACCUAAUCACUUAAGGUUUAUUGGUAUCAGUUUUAAGGUUAUGCAAUUGCUGAAACUUUUUGAUUAAGAGAUCAGUAUUGUUGAUUUCAGCCCUGUAGACAUAUGCACACAUACAGAAAACAUUAGAACAAAGUUAAACAAACAAGUGGUCUCACAGGUUUUCCCUUUGGUUCUGGCACGCAGAUAAAUAUUUUGCCGUUGACGCUGUUUAAGUGAUCUCUCCUAAAGAAUUUCUGUGCAUAUAAUUAAUCUAAAAUGAAAUAAAGAAAAACAUUAAUCUAAAUUAAAAAAAAAAAACGAAUCCAAAAAAGUUACAUCUAUAUAUUUAAAGAUAAAUAUUUUUUUCUGAUUGUGAAAAAAGAUGGUAGAUAAUCUGAUAAUGAGUCGAUAACAGCAGGAUCACAUUAGUGAAAACAGACCGGCCACAUGAGGGUGCUGUAGGGACAUGAAGUUGUAUUAGAAAGAACAGUAUCGAAUGUGUUUUAUACAAAACAAUUAAACAUUGCAACCCCGUAGGUAAAUGAAUAACAAUCUGAUUUCUUGUCAGUUUGGUUUUCAAAAACCAGGAAUUUUGUUUGGAAUAUUGAGGCAACACUAAAUGGUCCCAGUAAAAAAAA